CCCCACCUCUUCCCCUUGGCCUGGAUGAGACUGCCCUUACAAUGCGAUCAAUUCUCCCAGGGCUAGAGGUCAGGCUUUCCUCUUCUGCCCAUUCGCGAUGACACUCUCCGGUUGCUCACGUUGGCGCCUACGCCAGGGCUAUUUUCUCUGUCUGUUCUAUAUCACAGGCUUGUUCAUUUUUGCUUGUAUCAUCCUCAUCUGGUAUGGUGUCAAUUCAGAUCGCGAUUACAUCCACCCUCUGUUGACACAGUUGAUCCCCGCCGGUCACUGUGCAUGUCAGUCUUCCACUACCUUCCAGUGCUCGAGCUGCCUGACGUGUUCGCACCCGGGCCUGGCCCAACAGCUCACUCCAGCACCUAUAUGGGAGUUUCAAUCUGCUCGAGAUGGUAGUAACGAAGGCCUUGGCCGAGCCCAAUGCGUGGCCGCAUUCCCUGGCCUAUUUGAAGAUAUUCUUCGCGCCGCAGCCUUUUGGAAAAUGCACGGGGCACUUUCUAUAGAGGACUUGGACGAGAUUCCCCUAAGGUAUGGCAUGGUUCGAGCAUUCAUCCACGGCGGCGAGCUUCAUGUGGUUGCGGCGCGGUCAAAGGGCGAAGAUCACCGACGAAAGAUUGUAGCCGUGCUGGGCGCAAUUCACCGGGCACUGGUUGCAGAUGCCAAUCGUGCCGCGCGACAAGACAUAGAAUUCAUCUUCUCGGUGGAGGACAAGGUCGAGGAUGUGACCAACUCUGACCACCCCAUCUGGGCCCUUGCACGGUCUGCGACUGAGGAGGCGGUCUGGCUCAUGCCUGAUUUCGGGUUCUGGGCUUGGGAGAACGCCCAUAAUUCACUCGGGCCAUAUGACCAGGUUGUCGAACGUAUCAAACGCACGGAUGUCCCCUGGUCACAGAAGAAACAGCAGCUGGUCUGGCGAGGAAAACCUAGCUUUGCCCCCAAGCUGCGCCGCGCAUUGAUGGAAGUUGCUCGAGACCAGCCGUGGGGCGACGUGAAACAGGUCGACUGGGGCCAGCGGACAAAUAUAAUACGCAUGGAGAAUCAUUGCCAGUUCAUGUUCAUUGCGCAUGUGGAAGGUCGUUCCUAUUCCGCAUCCCUAAAAUACCGGCAGGCAUGCAACUCAGUUAUUGUGGCGCAUCGGCUGCAGUACAUCCAACACCAUCACUACCUUCUCGUACCGAGCGGUCCUCAACAGAACUACGUCGAGGUUGAACGGGAUUUCAGCGACUUAUCCGACAAGCUGGAACCUCUGCUGGCCGAUACAAGUCUUGCCGAGCGGAUUGCCAACAACAGCGUCCGAACAUUCCGGGAUCGGUACUUGACCAAAGCGGCAGAGGCCUGCUACUGGCGCAUGCUUUUUGAGGGAUAUGGUAGCGUCUGGAACAGCAGUGUCCCUGUGUGGUCGGAAGUGUAUCGGCGCGAACGAGGUCUCCGAUACGAGUCGUUCCUCUUGAUGGAUAGCCGGUUGAUGUUCGAUUUCGACACGCUGAGGUCGACUCACUUGUAACACGGUCGGCAUCAUGGGAUUCUCUGCGCAUAGGCUAAUC